GGAAGAGCUGUGAAUUUUUUUCGGCUUAUUUAUUUGCUUUCAAGAAAAAAAAAAAAAAAAAGGCUUAUUAGUCAUCGCCAUGGUCAAAACAAGAGAGCUCUUCCCCCAACGUUAGUCCUUUUUUCUGCGCUUCACACAUAAAUCGCCUCCUUUUAUCUUUUUGAAUCGCCAGACGGUCAAAAGCCGAAAACCCAGAAAACCCAAUUGAAUUCAAGGGUUGUAGGUGAUCUCAAUAGAGACAUGUCUCUGAUCGGAAAAAUACACCCCGAAUGUGUUGAUGUAGUCAAUCCCUACCAUGAAUGCACUGAAAUUUGCCUGAGAAAGAUUGCUGAAGGGAAGGGCCGAAAGGUGACGAAAAAGAAAUCAGAUAUUGGCAGCAGUUUUAAAUAUGGUGAGCACAAAAAAAGGGGGGCUGAAGAGAAAAGAGCAUCCAAUCCUUACCAUGACCCUGAAUUCUUCCGCCAAAGAGCCGUUGGUGCCGAACCUCGUGGGGGCAAAAAAGAAUCAGGUUCAAUAGUUGAUAUUCCUAUAUUGGGCAAACAAAAGGAGGGAUCCCGACCAAAGACCCCUCAGGAGCUUGUCCAAAGUGUGAUUUAUCAUUUAGAUGCUCAGUCAUCUUCAUCAAAGGAAAAUGUGAGAUUAGAGAACGGCUGUGUCCUUGAUGAUCCUAUAUUAGGCGGAAGGAAGCAGGGAUCUCAGCCAAAGCCCUCUGAAGAGCUUAAGAAUGCAACUGGUCGAGGUGUAAUUUAUCCCUCUGAUUCUCGAUCUGAAGAAAUAGUGCAAGUAGAAAAUGGCUCCGUGUUUGAUGAUCCUAUAUUUGGCAGACAAAGGCCUGGUUCCAGACCAAAGCGCCCUGAAGAGCUUGACAAUGUAUCCGGUGAAAUUAAGGAAGAGGUUAAAAUAGGGAAUGGUGAGCAUAAAUCUUAUUCUCCACUGUCUGCUGAAGUAAAAGAUGCUUCAUUCAACAAGGAUCAAGUUCCGUCUUCUCUAUUAGUGCCACCAUCUGGAAUUAUCACAAUGCCUGAAAAUCCCAAACACCCUCGAGAGAAUGGUGCUAUCUACGUCGCUAGUGAACCACCCAGUAAUGGGGAAGACAAGGAAAAUAUUAAUCAUUCACCUGGAGUUGAUUCAAAUCAUACUGUCAGCAAUGUAGGAGAAGGCUCUACUGGAUCAGCUUUCGACUCAAGAUUUAGUUUCUCAGGUACUGUCCAUGCUUUUGAAGAUAGUGAUGAUGACGAUACACGAUCUGUUAUUUCUGAUGCCAGUGUCUCUGUGGGAAAAUACCGUGUGAAAGGAAGUUUCUCUUCCAUUCUCCAGUCAAUCAUGGAAAAAUAUGGUGAUAUAGCCGCAAGCUGUCAAUUGGAAUCAGUUGCCAUGCGCUCUUAUUAUCUCGAGUGUGUAUGUUAUAUAGUCCAAGAGUUGAAGCGAACGCCGAUUAAGGAGCUGACAAAGCCUAAAGUCAAACAAAUGUUAUCUAUGGUUAAGGAUGUAGAAUCUUCGGGAAUGGAUGUUGGUUGGCUCCGCUUUCUGAUCAACGAAUGUGCAGAAUCCAUUGAACUCCUCGAUCAGCAUCGAGCAUUCGAAGUAGCAAAGGCAAACUGCGACCGUGAGUUAGAAUCCACAAGGAAAGAACUUGAACCGCAAAUUGAGGCUCUGGUUCUGAAAGAAAAGGAGGUUGUCAAUACCAAGAAGCAAGUUGCUGAAAUGAAAGCCCUCCUGCGGGAGCUCGAGCUUAAAUCUUCCGUCUUGAGCGACAGUGUUAGUAACAUGAAGUCCAAGGUCGAAAAUCUUCCGAGUAAACCGUUGUUGGACAAGGUCUUGUGAAGCAAGCAACUGCAACCUGUAAUAUGUAGGUCAUAUAUAAAAUGCUAUGAAGGUUGAAACGAUAGUCUGGUACAUCCUUUUAUGUUUGUAGCUAUGAAGUAAAUGUAGGAUGUAUCGUGUCGGUUUCGCUAUCUGGUACUUGUACUCAAAAUGAUUUGAGGAUGCUGGGGUUGUAGAACCCUACUGACUUGGUGAUUUGAGAAUCAUGUCACUUUUAUA